AUGUCAGAUCUUCUUUUACUACUACGAAGGAGGUUCAAAGUUCCUCGGAUACGAUAUACCCAAACACUACUACGACACUACUCAUCUAUUCCAUCAAAGGAUUUCUUCCUUGAAAACAACAUUACAAAUGAUAUAAAUACUCCUACACCAGAUAACCAGUUUAAGGAGUAUUUUAGUAAUAGACUGAAGUUUGUUAAUCCUUGUUCAUAUUUUAACAAAUAUAAUGCUUCUAAGAAACCAUUUGAAAAUAUGGAUACCCCACCAGAUCAUUUUCAAAGCAUUAUAGAUCGAAAUGAAAAUAGUAUCCCCAAAGAAGGCUCAAUAGUCGAAGUGACAUCACUUAAUAAUAUGAAGCCAAAACUUGGUAUAGUGGUGAGACAAGCUUUAUCACGAUUUGAUGAAAGGUAUAAUAAACUACUCGUAUUAACAUCGGAUAAUGAGUUGAUUGAUGUAUCUGCAUUUAAUGUGAACUUUCAUUUAUAUCGUGUCCUACUCCCACAAGGCUCGAUAAACUUUCAUGAAAUUGUGAAUAAUAGAUAUGAUGAAGAUGACACAAAUAGGAUUCAAGCAGUGGAAUUUAUAAGGUCAUUUGUUGAUGAUGCAUUGGAACUCAAACAGGAACUACAUACUAAAUUGGAUCGUGUUUAUUCUCAAUUUACUGGAGAUACUAUGAAUUCAAUUACACUAAUUGACAUCAUUGAUGCCAUAAAGUUUAAGGAAACGACAGUUAUUAAGAUAGGAAACUCAUUUUAUAAUCAAUGUGUUUUAUUACUUGCGAUACAUUGGAGUUUAGUCGAUUCACCUAAAUGGAUUGUUCCUAAUUAUUUAAGUAACAAUAAAGUUUCAAAUGUGCUCACUGGUCAUUCAAACAACUUUCAUAGUACAUCGGAAUAUUUUGUGACACCUUCUCCUAUAUGGAUGUCAAUAUCAAAAUUCAUAGAACAAGUUGAAUUAGUUGAAUCACGAGAUGACAUGGAGAGUUUCCUUGAUGAAUUGAAACAAUUACCGGUAGAUAAAUUAAGCUCAUUCUUGGAAGUUUAUGAAGGUAGACAUAUGGCUUACAUUCUUGAUGUUUUAAAAUUUGCAUUAGUAUAUCCUCAUGAAUUAAUAAUGGAGAGCUUAAAAAAGUUGUCCGUAUUUAGUGAUGAGUUAUCAUCAAGAAAGAUUUAUAAUUUCCUUGUUGACAUUCAUGUAUUAAAUGAUAGCAAUGAUAUUUUACUGUCACUGGGGUUGAUUUCUGGUUCCGGAGAUAACGAUCUAUGGUCUAAUCUACAAGCUGAGGGUUAUUCUACUGACUUUUUCAAACAUUUGAGAUCCAAAAAGACAUACUAUCAAGAUCAUGUUAUUUAUGGAUUACCAAUAGAUGGAGACAAAUCUAGUUCUCGUUUAGCUAUAUCUUUGGAAAAUAUCAAUGCAAGAAAAGAUGUGGUAAACAUCCACAUACCAGAUAUCACAACCAUAAUACCACCAAAUAGUUCAGUUAUGGAAAACAUUUUUGAUAAUCUUUCUACCCACUCAUCAUCGUUAACCAAAUUGAUGGGUGGUAAAACCAUUGGUGAUUUAUUUCCAGCAAACCUUGUAGAAUCUAGGAAAUUCCAAAAGUAUGAAACCGAAACUACUGAUAAUUUGUGGGAUGAUGGGUUGGAAACAAAGAAAAGAAGACCUAUUUCGAAGGCAACAUGUAUGACAAUAUCAUUUCAGUUUAAUUUUCACGAAGGUGAUCCAUUCAAAUCAUUCAAAGAUAAAGUAUAUGUUAGUUUUGAUUCCAUUUCUGAUCUAAAUGUGAAAAUUCUUGACACUGAAACAAUUGAAAAGUGUUUAUCGGGUCAAUUAGAAAGUCCAAUAUUUAGAUUGUUAAGACGUACUCAAAGUCCGAAUUCAUCUGGUAAGGUCCAAUUGAAUAAAGCAGACAUUCACAAUAUCAAUUAUAUUAAUGGUAUUAUGAAGUCUUUUUUCAAAAGUCGAGAACAUUCUGGUGCUGCAAAUAUCAGCCCAAAUCAGGAAAUUGUUCCAACAGAUGCAUCAGCUUUGACAAUUGAAGAAUCUGCAAAUUCUCAAUCAUGGAUUGUUCGUGAUACACCAGUACCAUCACCAAAAUUUGAUUUUUUUAUUAGAGAGUUGCAAUUGUUUGCAGGUGCAUUGGUAGGUGAAUAUUGCUCACAAUACAGUAUUCCAAUAAUCAAUGAGAACCAGACUAUCGAACCCACAAUUUAUGAUAUGGAUAAAGUAGUGGUAACACAUGAUAAUUUAUUGAUUCCUCCAUAUGAAUCAGAAAACUAUCAUCAUAGUGUUAUAGCCAAAGACCAGCAUGGUUAUAUAUCCCUACCAGGAAAUCUUGUGUCAAAGAACUAUUUAUCACCAAAAACGAAAACAACUACUGCACAGCAAAAUUUACCAAUGGGAUUAAAGAAAGGUUUUGUUAAUGUUGUUGAUGUUUUCACUAAAGGUGAGGCAAUCUUGAAUCAAUAUCAGUUACUUUUUUACCAACAUGAAUUACUUGCUCGUAAGUUGAGUAUGGAUUGUGGGUUUCUACUGACAAUGCAGAAAUUUAUUGAUUUAAAACAACACGGAUAUGAACUUCAGGGGCCGUUAACAGAAUCUCAAAUAGAAUCUCAGAUGAGAGUGAUUAGAAAAGGUAGUACAAAGGCAAACUACGUUGGGAGAUUUAACAAAAAAUACUGGACAUUGAGAUGGUUAGAGCAAGUUAAGUUAAAGUUGGAUGUUAUUGGAGAAUCGAGAUUAUUCCGAUGCAUUGUCACUCGUGUGGGUGAAACUAUUAAUGCAGGAACAAUUUGUCAAUGCUAUUGUGUGGAUUUUGGUAUUGAGAUUGAAGUCUUAACGGAGAAACAUGAAAUACAUAUUGGUAGUAAAUUAACAUGUGACGGGAUUAUAGAGGUUGAUUCCAUAAAUGGAGUAUGUUUAUUAAAAGAUGAAAAUUAUGGCACCUCAUUAUAUUUAUAG